UCUGGCCUCGCUUCGCAAAAAGUAAAAUGGUUCCCCGCCAAGAAGAAGAAAAUGAUGAUGAUGAUGAUGACAUCUCAGUCACUUCCACGGUUGAGAGUGAGCAGAAAUCGGAGUAUGAUGUCGAGGAAGUCCUAGCUGAGCAGCGCUUCGACGACGGUGUCAGGUAUCUGGUGCAAUGGACAGGCUACCCUCCUGAAAGGAACAGCUGGGAACCCACCGAUGCCUUCACUGAUAGGCAAACGAUGAUCGACUGGCGUCGGAAAAAGAAAGAUAUUGCAGCUGGAAAGUGCAAAGGUUAUGAUGUAGAUGCCUGGAUGCAAUAUAUGGAAGACUUUGAAGCAAAGAGAGAGGACCGCAAGCGCAGACGCGAAGCUAAGAGACGAAGGCUAGGAGCAUCAGCUGCUCAUGAUCACCGCCCAGAAGUAUCUGGGACAAACGAGGAUGCGCAGAAAACUGCUUCGGAGCGACCUCUACAGAAACCUUUGUCUCGACGCCAUUCCAGCGGCCCAGGAGUACAGACACAGAGGCGCGUUCCCCAGGAAGUACCUCCGGUCUUGUUCGGCAGUGGCAAGCCGCCUCAAACUCAUCCGCAGCGUCGGAGCUCUCUCCCAUCGAAUACGAGUAUGAACUUAGGCAAAUGGUUUCCAAAUCUGUCAUCGAAGUGGUGGCACCAGAAGGCCAGGGCCAGAGAGUUAGAUCCGGUCCUUGACGGCUUGGACCUGAGACGACCAUCAGAAUGGCCUGAAAACCCCCCCGUCGCCCCUACUAGGACCACCGAACGCAUUUCAGACAUACAGCCCGCCCCUACUAGAACCACCGAGCGCAUUUCAGGCAUACAGCCCGCACCUGUGUCUGAACCAGAAGCCUCUAAAUCAGCUCGAAAUAGGUCUCCUGAAAAGCCGGAUGAAAACACUACUCGAGUUAUUGAGCCAGCGGACUUGUGCAGAAAACGGAACCAUGAACCAUCUAUGAGCAGACCACUUCGAAGAAAAACCAUCAUGACCCUGUCAGGUCCCCGGCUGGUAGGCCUGGGCGAGCUGUUAGUUCGGAUCUUAUACGGUCCGGAUAGGAGGAUAAUAGGCACUGCUAGGCUUUGUGGCCUCGGGCAUAGGGUAAGAGCUCAGCUUAUCAAGCUCAAGGAAGGCCACAACCUUGACAUCUGGUUUCAACAUGUCUGUACGUUGGGUCAAUAUCAAGCAAUAGCUCCGAAUGCGAUGGGCGGAGCCUAUGAUAUUGGUUGGAUCGAAGGAUAUGACGAUACUUCGCCCGGUAUCCGCUCCAUGUCACAAGAUCUCAAGCAAGAAAAUACUGUGGCCAUAUACAACUCUGAAAGAGCGGGGCUGGCGUUUCUCGCUUACCCUCCCGAUUCACUCGACUUUCGAUGUCUGAGCAAUGCACGCAAGGACAUCCCCGUUGUGUAUCUUCAUGUUCAUGUUAGAGAAUCCCUGGAUUCCAUUGAGCAACUUCACCAUAACACACACGCUCAAAAGUCAACCCCACGACAUCCUGAAACCGAGAUCGUCGGAUCGACCGAGAUUGUGAAUAGAUCCGACCAUUUGUCAAUGACAGAGGGGUAUGAAGAGACCAGAAGGGAGUUUCCAAGGUCCAUGAAAGUGGCAGAUCAAACCGUGACAGAUAACGCUCCAAAACGUCACAUGUCCCCCGACCAACACCCUGACCAACACGUAGCAAAGGCUGUUGUGAACGCGCUCAGCCUACCGAAUAUACUCGAAGACAUCACCACCAAACCAUCUCUAUCAGAACCAGCCGCUUAUGAAGCAAUGGAUAUCGAUCAUGAAGGAUCACCACCCGCUCGUAAACAGAAGACAGCUCCCGCUGAUGAUCCGCCUAAUUUGAAGACUGUCUUCAAGACACAAUUCAGGACGAAUAUUGAGACUUUACUCAAGGUGAAUGCAGGGUCCAAAACCCAAAUAGCGAAGACACUAUACCUUAUGUACCCGGAAGAUCCCCAAUAUAGUGAAGAAUUUCAGCUGUUGGCCGAGUUUCUCAACCAGUACAAUCCAGUCAUAUUUUCGAGCCAGUAUGAGGGGGACUGGGAGAAGUUUGCGCGGACUGUCACUAUCGGAGUCGUCUUCUUCCACGCGAGCUUUGCGGCCUUUCACACACUUCCAUUCCUUAGGCAGCUCCUCGUCAAAUCCUCCGUUGGUUUUUGGAGCGUUUCGUUGGUCAAGCAGCUGCAAUCCGCCGACCAUCCUACUCACUUUCGACGCAUAUUUCCCCACGGCUGCGUCAUCUUGAUGACCGAAGAUUUCAUGGAGCGUGAGCAGCAUGGGACAAUCGUCUUGCUGGCCUGGAUGAACGAUUGGAUGAGGAAGAAGAUCCCGGGGUAUUGGAAGAUGAUGUUCCGCCCUAAUAUCCUGAACUGGGUUCUCCAGCAAUGCGAAGUCAGCCCACAGGCGGAUCAAGAAAAUUGGUUGACCAUGUACCGUUUGAUCUCGCAACUCUGCGUCCCCUCCGCCUACGAGGCCCCCUCCGGCCAAAUCCUAUCCGGCUCCACCGACGAAUACUUCGAAAGCAACGUCAUCUCCCCGCCCGGACUCCAGGGCUACGGGUCCCGCACCGAGAAAGACAACCCCGAUCUCCCCGCGGGCCUGUCGCGCGCGCACCUCGACGCCGACCACCUGAUCGAAUUCUUCGCCGGAUGGGGCCUGGUCAAUAGCCACCUCUACCGCCGAUUCGUGGUCAUCACCAGCCCCAACCUGAAGCUCGCGCGGUGGGCGGACUGGCACCACCAUGAGCUGAAACACGGCGCGAGGGACUUCAUCGGAACCUUCAAGAUCGACUACAAAUACUACUGGAACAAGCUGACUGAGAAGCCCGGUUCGCAGGCCGGAGGCAGGGACCUCCACAGCCACCAGGCCGCAACGCCUUACACGCCGCGUACUCCGGGCGGCCUCCGUUCGGCGACCGCUGAACACAAAGGGUCGAGGCUCACUCAAAUCCAGAAUACGGCUGUGGUUCAGUAUAACUAUCCCGAGCCUUACCAAUGAAGCAUCCCAGGAUGGGCGUGUGCUGUGUUGAUGCUGAAGCCGAUCGUGAUCGUGAUCGUGAUCGUUAUUUGUGGUCAUAUCUUUCCGGGAAGCACCAUUAAUCUGAACAGAAUUAACUUGAAAAAUGCC